AUGACUGUGCCCGAGAUUGCCAUCGACUAUGCAGUGGAGCACAGCAAUUUCCAACACGCCUUCGAACUGGCCAACUUGUCGGCGAAGCACAAGCUGCCGGACAUCCACCUCAAAAAGGCCUUGGCUUUGGAAGAUGAUGAGCAGUUUAAGUUGGCCGAGGAGGAGUUUAUCCAAGCGAAGAAGCCCAAAGAAGCCAUUGAUAUGUACGUCCACCAGCGCGAUUGGGUGUCAGCCAUGCGGGUGGCCGAGGCAUACGAGCCGCAGAGCGUGAACGAUGUCAUGGUGCAUCACGCCAAGGAUUUGGUGGAUCAAAACAACAUGCAGGCAGCUGAGAACCUCUUCAUCCAGGCUGGCAAGCCCGAACUGGCCGUGAAGGCUUACUCCUCCAAACGCAACGUCCCUGAGGCAGUACGGGUGUGCAAGAAGCAUUGCCCUCAUAUGCUGGGAGAUGUCGUCGACUCCUACGGCGAAGGAGGUGGAGCACCAGGAGCUCCACAGAGUCUGGAUGAGAUUCUGGACGCAGCCAAGAUCUACGAGGAGACGGGCAACUAUUCCCGGGCCAUUGACACCUACCUCUCGGUCACGGAGACGGCCUCCGCGGAUCCGGAUCGCCUGGAGGAGGUCUGGGAGAAUAGUGUGCGGCUCUCCAUGAAGCACGCGCAGGAACGCUACAAUGAGACCGUGUCCAUCGUGGCCAAACGCUUGAAGCUGAUCCAGCGUUACGAGGACCUCUACCUCAUCAUCCUUGUGUACCCCAAAGUGAUCGGGCUCUACAUGGGAUUUUGGAAUAAGUUUGUGACCGUGAUCUUCAUCUUUCUGAUUUCCUUUGACAUCUCUGCUGAAGAGCCCUACGUGAUUUGUCAUCACGACGCUGGCUACUCGAAGAAGAUCGCUGCAACAAUGUCGACCAAUGCACCAUGGCGUUGUGGAGGCUGCAAACAAGUGAGGAAACGCUCUGCAGAGUUUUGCCCAGUAUGUCGACUACCAUGGCAAAGCACCAUCGACUACUCCUACGUUCACAAUCCAGGAUAUGCACAACAUGGACAGUCUAUGAUGAUGUGUCCACAGCAGAUGCAACAGAUGAUGCCUAUGACAAUGACACCAUCCCAGCAACAACAUGCUCCUCAGAUGCCAGUGCUUGUGGCACCGUCGGCUCCUGCACCACAGCAGGCUGCGCCUCCGCAGGUGAAUGUCGAUGCAGAGCAGAAGGAGCUUAUGGAGAUGAUCAGGGCCCGCCAAAUGGAACUGCCCCCAGACAUGAGGCAAAAAGUGCAAAAAAUGUCCAAAAAGGAAGGGGCACAGGCCACAAAGGAAUUGCACUCUGCAGUGCGCACCCUGGGCUUUGCGAGAAAGGAUGUGGAGGAGGCUCUACAAGCCAGAUACAACCUGAUCGCAUCAUGGAAGCAUUUUCUUGCCGAUGCGGUCCAGCAAUGGCAGGGCUACACAUCCCUUUUUCAGCAACAAGAACGAGAUCUACAAGAGAGAAUACAACAGGCCCAUGCCAACUUCAUGACUGCCAAAGUUCAAGCAGAACAAUCGCAGCAGGAGGCUGGCAAGAUCACGCCCAUAGAGAUCAAGGACGACGACGAGGAGCUGACGGGGGAGCAGGCCAAUGCAGAUACCUCCUCCGGAAAGAUCCAAGAAGGAGGGAGAAGUUUCACAAGGCACUUCAAAGCAGCCUUUUGCCUAGCCCGGUUGUGCAUGACAUUCUCGUAUGACGACCUAGGGCCUUGCAGGCAUUGGGAUAGUUCCACCCCAGCCACUGUCAUGAAGUGGAACAACAGAGCCAUUGUGAAUGAGACAUUUGUUUCGGAAUGGCAAGCACAAGAACAGGCCGCCAUUCUCCAACAUGAAGUCUCACAAUUUUGCAAUCUUCCAUUGACCUGGACACGCUCUACCAGUUCCCGAUCUAUUGAGCGUUCAGACCUUGUACUUUCUCGUUCCAGACCCAAACGUCCUACUUCACUGCAUGUGAGUUUUGCAGAUGAUUUGGAAUUGUGGAUUGGAAUUGAGGACAGCCUUGAGAUGUACAAGCUGCAGGUCCCUCUGGAGAUUGGUGCCACAGGGCAAACUCCUUGGAGCUGCCCCAGUUUUGAGCCUACAGAAGGUUCCACGAGAGACCAACGUUUCGCAGCUCACACUGACGGCGCUGGUCAAACUCAUUUUUACCAUCUCCCCAGCAGUCCGCUGUGGAUGAAUGGAAUCAUGGACCUACUCAAUCAAGAAGGACAUUAUGAUCCUGGUGAAGAGGAGGAGAUUGUUUUUGUCACUUCAUACUACAUCAAUCACCAACACCACCGCUUUCAUGAUGAACCCAGGGUCCUGAGAUUUGACCGAGAGGUUGCAGAAUGGGAGAGGGAUGUGCGAUUUAUCUGGGAAGAUCUCAUUGAUCAUGAUGCGCAGAUUGACAUCGUCAUCGUGCGCCCAGAUCCUCCCAAGUUUGCAUUCCCAGCGACCGCGGCCACAGUGAUUGUGCAUCAACAUGCCAGUCCUGAAAGAGCUGCAUGCCUGAUCUCGCAAGUUCAUAUCAUGGAUCCUGAGACACGAUUCUCUGAGAGUGCGCAUUCCACGGAGUUGCAGAUCACGCGUGACCAGGCCAUCCACCUUGCUGGUUCGGAAGCAGUUUGUCAACAAAGAGCUGCACAAGGAGCAGGAGAUUGUACCAUUCACAUUGGACAUCAAAUGUUACCUGCCGAUGCCAACAUCGCGAUCUUUCAUGGAUUGGGCCUACACAUACGUAUUCCUUCAACUCUGACACAAGAAGAGAUUGAACAAAACCUUGUCCGCAGACUUCACAGACAAAGGCAAUUACGAGAUGGCAAUGAAUGGGAUCCGCCAGAACCAGACAUUGACCCAGAGAAUGAGCACCCACCACAACGAACAGACCCAGGACAAGGAGAUCAUCAUGCACCUGAAGAUGCGACAUCUUGCAUGGCGCGCAAUGCUGCGACAUUUUUGCAAUCCUCAAGGACCAGCUCUUCGUCGACUUCUGUCAGUGCUAUCUCUACCUCAUCAUUCCAUUCUGAAGAUUUGCGGCGUGCCGUUAUUUUCACAAUUGAUGGAAGAGCAUUUCCAGUGAGCUUGCCGUGGAGUGACACCAGCGAACAUGAGGCAAUCAUUGCCCGUGAAGGAGGAUUUGAUUCUGGCCUUAUUCUCCAGCUAUAUCAGAUGCAUCAACGACCACGAGAUCUUGAACGCCUUCAACUGGAAUGUUUCCUGCUCCAAAACGUCCAUGAACCGAGACCAGCGCAAUUCAUGAGGCUGAUUCUUGUUGAUAUUGACAUCUAUGAUCAGCAACACUUUCAACCUUUUGCAAUGCGCAGACUGGCCAAAUGGUUGCCCACCACUGUCAACCGUAGAUCUGUCUUCAGGCUCAUGGGACUGGAUCAACAAUUUCAAGAACAAGAAGAGCUUUGCUUCUUGUGGCACAAUCAUGUUGCAAUCGAAGCAGAUCAAGUUCCCCCACUCAGAUUGGAAGACGGUGAUUACGUUCAAAUCCGCAUUGGUGAGCAACCGGAAUCUUUGAGCUGCAUCUCAGACUCGACUUUGCAGCGCCUCAACAUUACAAACGAGAGCUGGCAGCCAACUCCUGAUCCGGAAGAUGAACACCUUGACCUCUUUCAAAGGAGUAUACAACAACUCCAACAAACCUGGCAACAACUUGAAGCUCAACUGCCUCAGCAAGAAAUCAAAGUUGCACCUCAACAUGAACGAGGGGCCAUGUUGCCAAGGGAUCAGGACCAGGGCCGGAAUCAGGAAGGUGGAAUGUUUGCAGAAUAUCCAGAGCAGUUCGUCUACACCACGACUCGCCCCGAUAUCCGGCAUGUGGCGCAUUCUAUGCCACAGCUGAUGAAUCAGGCACAAGUACUUCGUUUGGGUGAGGUCUUUGAUCAAUGUGGCCCACGUUAUGGACAGCAUGACUGCAGAGUACGCUGUGGUGAGAUCCCUUUUGGACUCUUUGAUUGGGAUGAAGUACCAAGAGCGACCAAUCUCGUCAUCUACAUGCAUUACAGACGUGAUGUCACUGCUGCAGACAAUGACGACAUCGAACUCAUGCAACAAUCCAGCACGAGAUGGAGCCGGACGCAGUCCCCACCGCAAGCAGGUCUUGAACUACCUCGACAAGGUGGACAAUGCGAAGGAUUUACUUUCAAUCCUAAUGCUGCCAGCUUUGUACCCAAUGCCCCAGUGAUUCGCAAUGCACCUGAACACAUCCAAGAUUUGUAUCAGCAGUGGAUGCGUACUGCAUUCUCCUGGGCUGGGGAACAAGACUGUGAGCGCCAAACAACUGCUUCGGUGGCUCAUGAGCAGUGGCCACAGGACCUCGACAUUUUCCCAGCGGUGGGCGAAUGCCGACCACAAGACUGGGUACAACCUGACUCGAAGAUGCUGGUCAAAGUCAUAUAUGCUCAGGAGCCAUCACCGCCAACAGCACCCCCUUCAACUGUGGAACUGCAGUCCAUCUACAGUGCGGAAGAUGCUGAACAAGAGCUUCGAGCAUGGGGAUUUCACUACAAAGUUUUCUUAUGUGGAGAACAUGACACGAUCUUUGCCCUUUCCUUGCAUGAGAAACUCGAUGAUUUUGUGUACGUCUACUGUGCGACUGACUCGAACAUUGACCAACCGGUCAUCAUCCAGCGACAGCACACAGAGCUCACAGAGACACAACACAUGAGAUUCCUCUAUGCUCACGGAUUCAUCAAAGCUGUCAUACUCCAACAUGAACGAUGGCAUGAACGUGUUCAUUGUGUCCAUUUCACGGACGUCAAACCUGAACAUGCGCCAGCAUUAGGGACGCCAAGAGCACGCACGCCAUGGCCGGCUCCUCAACCUAGAAUCCACACAAUUGGCCCCAUGAUUGACUUCGAGUCUGUCCAAAAUACAUUGAAGGGCACAUGCCAGAUUGGCAUUGAUCUACAGGAGCUCCGAUGUUUCUUCGAAGAUUGUGGAGAUAUCCUCUGGAAGGAUUACGAACUUUUCGACCUUCCUGAUUUUGUUGGAAAUGCACUACAGCACUGUGGCCCCAUUGACAGAGUUGAUCGCUAUGUCAUCUUUGCUGAUGGCUCGUCUCACUCUCAACAUCGGCAUAAACCUCCACUCUGGGUGGCUGAACAUGAUAUAAGUGAUUCUUGGGCUUUCGCGGUCUUUGCGGAACAAUAUGCCGAGAACAGUCAUGAUCCGCCACAACUGGAAUUCCUUGGCUGGCAUUGCCAACAAGUACUUUACGAUCUUCAGGCUCCACAUUCCAUUGGCACUUCCAAGAUCGGAUCGGAUGCAGCCGAAACUGAGGCACUCUUCUGGGCGGGCAUGUGGCGACUCAGUCGCAACAAUAAUGUUCCCACAGUCUUCGUGACAGAUUCUCGACUGACUGGAGAUCAGGCUGCUGGACGGUGUGGAUCCAGCACAAGAGAUGCACCAUUCCUCAACCUUCGAUCGGUUUUUCAAGCACUUCAUGGUGGACUACCACAUGGACAUCUUGCAGUGCAACAUGUCAGAAGCCACACCGGGGAUCCUCUGAACGAACUGGUCGACUGGCUUGCAAAGCGCGAGGCCCACACCAGCCAACUUCUACCCAGACAAACAGUGAACAUGCAAAGUUUCUGCCACAUUCUACGCCACCUCUGGAUUGUGACAGAUCAAGCACAAGAUCUUCCUUGCUUAAGCCCUGCUGGCUUAGAAGUUGCCCCAAUUGAUCUACCAGUGCAUCAAGGACUCUCUUCGAACCAGGUGAAAUCAGAAAUGUCAAAUGUCACUUUCAACUUGAGUUGUGGCACAGCGAAUGUCCGCACUUUCUACAGAGGUGAACAAGGUCAUCCUGGCAAAUUACACUAUGUAAGAGAGCAAUUUCAAGCGCAUGGUAUCCAUUUUCUCGGCUUGCAAGAGACUCGCACUGAUGAAGGAUCAUCCUGCAAUGGACAGGUCUACCGCAUCGCUAGCGGCAGCGACCAUGGUCAACUUGGAGUUGAGAUCUGGGUCAAUCUGAAACAGCCCUUCACACAUGGAGAUUCAACACAGUGCUUCAAGCGAUCCGAUUUUGUGGCAGUAUCCAGAAGUCCCCGCCAUCUUCUGGUACAUGUCUUGAAUGACCACAUCGACAUUUGGCUUCUAUGUGCACACGCGCCUCACAGUGGAGCACCUCAGGAAAUUCGAGAACACUGGUGGCAGCAACUUUCUCAACUAGUUUGCACGUAUGUCACCAAUGAACAUGUCCUGGUCAUGAUUGAUGCCAAUGCACGAACAGGACCUCUGGACAAUGAACAUGUAUUUGAUCUUGAUGACUGUGAGAACAUCAACACACCCUUAUUGCGUGAUUUUCUUCAUGCACAUGGACUUUGCGUACCAGCCACCUUGCCAUUACAUCAAGGAACCAGGACCACAUGGACACAUCCUGCAGAUGGUACAGAACAUCGUAUUGAUUUUGUUUUCAUGCCCUGUUCUUGGACCUCGUGGUGCACACAGUCAUGUAGUCUGGACAACCUUGAUUUUGGACAUCUUGGUGAUCACCGAGCUAUGGCCAUUGAAAUUCAGUGGAAGGGUACCACACAGCUGCCUCACAGAUCUGGGAAUCGGACCAAGUUCGACCGGAACAAGAUCAAGACUGCGCAGCUUGCAAUGAAUCUUGACGGUUAUCAACCGCCACCAUGGACUACCAACAUUGAAGAGCAAGUUCGACAUCUCAAUCACUUCAUCCAGGAGACUCUCCAUUCUCAAUGCCCGAAACCGAGAAGUGGCCCCAAAAAAUCCUACAUCUCAGAUGAGAUCUGGAACAUUCGAGCCAUAAAGCUCCGACAUCAUCGACAGUUGAAGAAUAUUCAGAAGCAGAGCAGAACAGAAUUGUUGUCUCGCACUUUUCUGCAAUGGGCCCACAGACUGUCUCGAGACCGUCACGAGCAAUCUGAAGGCUACCACCACACUCUGCUCAUACAUGGACUCAAGACUGGGAUAGCGCUUCAUCAAACAGCCCGACAGUUGCGAUCAGCAUUGAGCAUGUCCAAACGCCAAGAAGUCAAGGAGGCUAUUCAUAAUCUUCCAGAAGAUAGUGCAGCCUCCACCAUUUUGAACACACUCAAGCCCAUCAUUGGACCCACGAAUCCGAAGCUUCGCAGGGUGUCGCCACUACCCAUGGUGCUCAAUGAUUGCGGAGAGCCAUGCACAACACCCGAUGAACUUUGUCAACGAUGGGCUGAUUUCUUUGGCGCAAUGGAAGGAGGUGAAAGAGUUUCAGAACAAGAUCUACGGGCCGACUGGAUCGCACAUCUGAAGGACUUCAUGCAAGAGACCAUCCAAUUGGGUCCAGAGGAUGUCCCAUCACUUACUGACCUUGAAUUUGCAUUCAGAAGAGUGCGCUGUGGCAAAGCCGUGGGAGAUGAUGAUGUUCCACCUGAACUCUGCCAUAGCUUUCCCACGGAGAUGGCGCGAGCCACCUACACGCAGCUUCUGAAACUAUGUGUCCACGGUCAAGAAGCUCUCCAGCACAAAGGUGGCAUGCUCAUUGCUGCAUGGAAGAGGAAAGGUCCACAGGAUCAAUGCUCGUCAUAUAGAUCUCUUCUCAUCAGCUCGCACAUUGGCAAAACUGUGCACAGAGCUGUUCGAGACCAUCAAGCAGAUCUGUAUGAGGCCUUCCUUCGACGAGAACAGGUAGGUGGCCGUCGUCAUUUUCCUGUAUCAAUGGGAGUGCACUAUAUUCGAGCAGCUGCCAGGGCCGCCAAGAAUGUCAAGAGAUCGCAUUCUCUUAUUUUCCUUGACCUACAAGAAGCAUUCUAUCGAGUAUUACGCCCAGUUGCGAUUGGCGGAAAACUGACGGAUGCUCUUCUUGCGCAAGUGGCCAUGAGGCUCCAACUACCUGAAGAUGCUCUUCGAGACCUUCAAUUCAUCCUCCAGCUUCCAUCCGCCACUGAACUUGCCGGCCUCCCCAGACACUUACAACGAGCACUCCGAGCUCUUCAUACCAACACGCAUUUCCGUGUUCGAGGCCAACCAGAUGUGACUCACACUCGAAUUGGGACUCGACCAGGCGACCCAUUCGCUGAUGUGAUCUUUGGCUACAUGUUCUCUCGAUUAUUGGCAGUGGUCGAAGAGAAAAUGGAAAACUUGGGCCUCCUGGAAACCUUUGAAGAUGUGGAUGUGCAUGGCAUGUUUCCUCAGGAGACCGAUGCGCCAUUGAUCCACCACACGAUGCUCGGGCCCACAUGGAUGGACGACCUAUGUAUAUCCAUCACCGCCGACACAGCGUGUGCUUUGGAGACAAAGGCUGGUCUAGCGACGGGCGUACUCCUGGAGACCUGCAUGAAUCAUGGAGUAACACCAAAUCUACAGAAAGGUAAGAGCGAAAUUUUGCUCACCUUUCGUGGGCAAGGCUCCAGGGCGCUCAAGCAAAAGUACUUUGGACCUCAACAAGGCCAACGGCUUCAUGUUGUGUCUGAGUAUGGUAUGCAUGCCAUCUCUGUGGUUGGCGAAUACAUCCACCUGGGCAACAUGGCACACCACUCUGGCACUACCAGAAGGGAAAUGAGACGACGGAUUGCCAUUGGCAAUGGAGCUUUCAAUCUUCAUCGAAGACUGCUUUUUCAGAACAAAGACCUGACCGCCCAAAAGAGAGCAGAGCUUUUCAUGUCUCUUGUUCACAGCAAAAUCUCCUAUGGCACAGAGUCUUGGGUUUUGGAUGAUGCCAAAUCCAGGCAGUAUUUCAAUGGUGCUAUUCUGCGCCUUUACAAGAGACUGCUGAAGCUGCCGCCUGACAGUCUCGUCCAACAUGAAGAAGUGACUUCACAAGCACAACUCCCAGCUCCUGAGGAUCUCCUUUGUGUGACCAGACUUCGCUAUUUGGGCUUGCUAUACAAAUGUGAGCAAGUCACACCAUGGGCUAUCCUGCGUGCAGACACGGCAUGGACGACUCUGCUGCGUGCAGAUUUGCAGUGGCUUUGGCAACUGAUCCGUGGCACCACCUCGCUUAGAGACCCUGCCACGCACUUCCAGGAAUGGGAAUAUUUGCUCCGCUACCACAGAAGCUACUGGAAGACGCUGCUGCAGCGCGGAAUGCAUCUUGUACAACUCCAUCGACAGGACCAACUCCUACUUCGACGGCUACAUCAUGACAUCUUUGCGCAUUUGGCACAUUGGGGACCUCUGUCACAUGCACCUGUCCGCCCCCACAUUCCGGUUGAGAGGCAAUAUGGACAUUAUGGUUGCAUGAAGUGCCAACUCAGGUGUCGUUCCAAAGCUGGCGAAGGAGCUCAUCUUUUUAAAGUUCAUGGAGUUGUUGCAAAAGAACGACGCUGGAUGACCCAUACAGCAUGCAGCAUCUGUCUCAAAGAAUAUCAUUCCUUUGAUAAAUUGCAGGGGCAUUUGCGAUACUCAGAGUCAUGCCGGCGUCAACUCAGCGCGAGACCUCCUUGCGGUGAUCUUCAACCAGGCAUUGGCUCGCGAGAUAACAAUGCACUACGUGCGCACCACGAUGAUCUACUUCCAGUUCAACAAGCGGAAGGACCUCGAGCCCUACCGCGACCUCCGGGAGAAGUAGACCUCCACCAUGUUGCUCUAUAUGAACAGCUUGUGCUCAUGAUCUUUGACUUUCAGACCAACGACAGCCAUGCACUGCGUACCGCCACUGUCGAGUGCAUCGCCAGUCACGAGAUUGGAUGGACGCAGACACAGCUUACCCUGAACAAGAUCAAGGAUGAGCUGAUCAAUGCACCGCUCUAUGAUGCGAUUGUUCCUCGAGACACAGUUUGUGCGGUCCUUUCAGAGCUUGCAGACCCAAUCAACUGGAAGUUUCUUACGGAGAUCACCUAUGAAACGGCUAAUGAAGAUCAUUUAUAUCAUUUGGAUCUCUACGAGCAGUGGUGCCAAGAUUUGGCUUCCUCACCCACUCCUUGGCGACCAACGCUUCAAUGCCCGCGUCCCAGGUUCUGGGAACGAGUGGUCUUACAUGCCUACUCGGGCAGGCGUAGACCAGGGGAUUUCCAAUGGUAUCUAGAUGAUCUGGGCAAACAAGGCAAGCUGGAUGGCCUCUUUGUCGUGUCACUUGACAUCGUCAUCGACUCCACUUGGGGGGACAUCAGCAAUCCCACGACGCAGAAAUUUUGGCUUCACGCGUUGCGCUCCGGACAUGUGAUUGGGUUCCUUUGUGGGCCGCCCUGCUGCACGUGGUCCACAGCACGCGGAAAGCAGUUGCAGCAACCGAAGAAGCGCGGUCCCCGUGUCAUACGUGACCGGUCGGACCUAUGGGGCUUUCACUCUGUAUCACUUCGGGAAAAGCGGCAGCUCAUGGACGGCCACCUACUUCUGGGAUUCAGCUUGCAUGCGAUGAUUCUGCUUUCGACAGUGCAAGGGAGUGGUGCCCUCGAGCAUCCUGCAGAACCGAAUGAUGAGCAGGCAGCCAGCAUAUGGCGACUUCCGCUGAUGCAAUUCAUUCUUAGCUUGCCUGGCUUUUCACAUAUUGAAUUCGCGCAGGGUCUGUUAGGUGCUGACAGCACCAAGCGCACUGGGUUGUUGACACUCAACCUACCAGACCUGCCGCGGUAUUUGCGUGCCAAUGCGGUCUGUGCUCAUUUGCCACGGGCACAAACCAUUGGCACCGAUGAGCAUGGACAAUUUCGCACGGCGAAAUUGAAGGAGUAUCCUCCCGCACUCUGCAAGGCCCUUGCGGAAGGAUUUUUCUCCAUUUUGGUCCCGUACAAUGCUACGGAAGAGACAUCUCACGUGCCGGACGAUUUUCUGACCCGAUGCGCACAGAUGGUAUGCACCAACAUGGGCAGCCACAUUGGGGCAGACUAUGCAGGUCAACUUGGCAGUUGCAGAUCAGCGGCCGCCGAGCUCUACGAGAGCAUCGAUGCAGCGCGCGAAGCGGUGAAUUGUUACAUCGCUGGAGAGGUUUGGGACAAGGCACGGAUGUUGGCGCAGCAGAUGGCCCCGGACAUGGUCCGCCUGGUGGAAGAUCGGUACAAAUCGGAGCUGGUCAACAAAGGAGAUGGCGACGAACUCAUCCGACGCACCGGCGAUGUGGACAGUGCGUUCGGGCUGGACAUGUACGCGCGCAACGGCGACUGGACAAAGUGCCUCUCGCUGGCGGAGAAACAAAGCCCCAAGAUGCUGCCGCAUUACCUGGUGCCUGGAUGGGAUGGAUCGAGUGGUUGUUGGGCGCAUGAGAUGGGUCUGAAAAUUGGGGAUACCCUCUGGUAA